CAGAAUCCUCCCGCUGCCCAUCGGUGAAAAAUGGUCUCCGCGAUGGUUUCUACCAUGCUCUCUGGCCUAGUGUUUUGGCUGACAUUUGGAUGGACUCCAACAUCUGCGUAUAGCCCGAGGAGCCCUGACCGGGUCUCGGAAACAGAUAUCCAGAGGCUGCUCCAUGGCGUUAUGGAGCAGUUGGGCAUUGCCAGACCACGGGUAGAGUAUCCAGCACACCAGGCCAUGAAUCUUGUGGGCCCACAGAGCAUCGAAGGUGGAGCCCAUGAAGGUCUUCAGCACUUGGGUCCUUUUGGCAACAUCCCAAACAUUGUGGCAGAGUUGACUGGUGACAACAUUCCUAAGGACUUUAAUGAAGAUCAGGGCUACCCGGACCCUCCAAAUCCCUGUCCAGCUGGAAAAACAGUAGAUGACGGAUGUCUAGAGAACACCCCCGACACAGCAGAGUUCAGUCGGGAAUUCCAGUUGCACCAGCACCUCUUUGAUCCAGAACAUGACUAUCCAGGCUUGGGCAAGUGGAACAAGAAACUCCUUUAUGAGAAGAUGAAGGGAGGACAGACACGAAGGCGGAGGAGUGUCAAUCCGUAUCUACAAGGACAGAGACUGGACAAUGUGGUCGCCAAGAAGUCGGUCCCCCAUUUUUCAGAUGAGGAUAAGGACCCAGAAUAAAGUGAAGAUGCCGGGUAGGAACCCACACCACCCGUUAGGCCUCAGUACUGCUUAUGCGCACGUGUGAUUAGAGCCCCUGUGAAUGGCAGCAUGUUUCUAAUUUAGACGAGUACGGAUGAAAAGCAGCUGUAUUUUAAUACUGCAUUGUCCUUCACACUGACAGCUCUGCUCUCUACUACUUUUUUCUUUUUA